GCCAUUUUUCCAGAUGUCUCAAGCUGCCCGUAGUGCCAAAGAACGGGCUCUUCAGAUUGUCGAGCAGGCUUCAAGAAUUCGAAUUCAAGAUGCUCGGGAUAAUAUUGGAGCCCGAACGACUGGAAGACAAUUGAAAAAAGGCCAUAAUCAGAUGGGUCACACACAAGGAGCACUGGAAAGAGCCGCUAAACCGCCACUCGGUUGGAUUUGGGGUGAUUUCUUUCGUCCGUGGCAACGAAUGUAUCCCGGAGAGAAGCUAUUCAAUGCGGAUAUUAAUACUCGCCGUGAAUACAUUCCCCUAUCACUAGUUGAAUUGGCUCGUCUAAUCGAUUUAGGAUGGAUAAAUCCACGUCAACCAAUCGAUAUUUCCACACUGUGCACCACACAAAAAUUCCAAAUAAAUCCGAAAAUGCGUCAAUAUGGAUUUGAUUUGACUGAAGAGGGAGCCGAUUCAUUUCCAUAUUCAAUUGAUAUUGAAGUACAAUAUGCAACUCCGUCAGCUAUUGCGGCUGUUGAAAAAGCCGGUGGAAGAGUUCGAACUGCAUAUUAUGAUGUGGAGAGUCUCGAAGCGGCAAUUAAUCCGAAAUGUUGGUUUGAGGCGGGAAAAGUGGUGCCGAAGAGGAAACAACCGCCGCAAAGUCUUUUGGAAUAUUAUAUGGACGCAAAAAAUCGAGGAUAUCUGUGUGAGGAGCAAGAAAUCGAGAAGGAGAGAGCUCUGAGUGCACAGAUUCGUGGAUACACACUGCCACCGCCGCCGAGCUCUGCGGCGCUGAAAGCUGUAGAUCAAGUUUUUCAUGGAAUUCCGUCGGGAAGUGUGGUUUCGUUGGCUGAUCGCAAGGUUUUUGUGACGAAGAAUGAGCUGCAUCGGGAGUAUUAUAGUAGUCGGAGAGCUGAUAAAUUGUACUCUUAGAUUCUCUUUUUUUUUUGUUAGAAUUGGCGGUUUUUCAAUUAGAAAUUUUUUUUUAAUUGUAAAUUUGUUUUGUUUUGUUGUUAAAAUUGACCGUUUUUUUAAUUAGAAAAUCUUUAAUUU